GCUCAAGAAGCUAUUGCCGCCACCUCAGCGUACUUUGGCUAUGCAAGGCAGCAUCGACAUGACAGAGCCAAGAUACUCACGUUGCUGUGCAUGGGCGGUGCAAACUUUUUAGAGUGCCUCGCACAUUCAACACGCUUACUUCACUGUUUGCGGUCACCUAGCUAGCUGUUGACCGCAACAAACCAAGUUGAGUGGCAAUAAGGUAAAGAGAGCAGAGAUCGAGUGCCCCACAGCACCAAACUUACUUUGGUCGCUCGGCACCUUUGCUUUCAUUAUCUUCUGAAAGCUGAAAGCUGAAAGCAUGAAGCAACAACAACAACAGCAGCAACCUCUUCCUAUCGAGACCACUGCCAGUUCGUCCAUCUCCCUUGACGGUGACGAGAACGAUGAAGUGAGAUUGAUUGACGUCCACAAAGUGGAGCGCAUGUUCCCGGUAGCCACUGCCCUCUCUUGUUCCGUAUGGCUGUUUCUGGUCCUCUUGGUGUAUUCGCUAGUCCCUCCCGAGGAGUAUGUCUACUUGGAAGGAGCCGAACGAGAAGCAGCCGCAGCAGCCUGCUAUAUCUUUUUUGUGAGCACGACCUUGACGGUCGCCCCCUUGCUAAUUCGUGGCGGUUCAAGGAAGGAAUUGUCGGGUAUAGUAUGUUCGGGUGUCGUCGUUCAGUUGGUGGCCAUGACGACAAAUGGCUUGCUGGCAUGGGCUCCUACCGUGGUGGUAGUGGACCCAGUCACUCAUGCUCGAGUCUACCUGGUGCGAUGGUGUGAAUGGAUCCCCUUGGCGGGGCUGAUGACCUUCUUAUCCGAGAUUGUUGACUGUCAACAAGGACUCUACGGUGUCUUGCUCCCAGUAAUGGUGGGUCUGGGCCAGUCACUGAGCUGUCUCAUGGCCAUUAUCUUCCCCUUUUGCCCCUCGACAGCAUCCUGGUGCCUGUCUGUGUUCCUCUCGGUGUCAUUGUUCUUGACCAUCUUUCCCCGACUGCAUUACAAGUACAAGCUCUACAAGGACUCCAAACAAGGCCUGACACAGAGCGAAAUGGAACGAUCUUGCCGGAUUACAUUUGGCUUUCAUUUGCUCUUGGCGUGCUCGAUUGUCUGGACGGCCUUGGUCGUUUUCUACGUUGCCACUAUCAUCGCCUUUCGCUUCUAUCCGGACUCGUACUUUGUCCAGAAUCAGGCGCUCCCCAUGCUCUUGGAUACCUUCUUUGAUGUCCUCGCCAAGGCAAUGUACAUGAAGGUCAUUGUAGACGUUCACGAGAACGUCUUUGAUGCUGAUGGUCGGGCGAGGCGACAGUUGUCCGAGUUGAAACGAAUGAUCACGGUCCUGUGGGAAAGCAGCUCUGAUGUCAUUGUCAUCUCGGUGCGCCAGGGGUCUACCUUCUCCACCAUGAUCAGUCCCACCUUUCCCAGCAUGUUGGGGGCGUGCGUGUCACUUGACAACAAUGGUGAUUGUGAGGGCGCGGCUCUCCUGGUGAAGUCGCAACAGAUACCCGUUUGCGGUGGCCAUAAGGACUUUAAUAACAACAACCAGCCCAUGAAGGACAGCAGUGACAAAAGCGCCACAGAGGAGAGGAAAUUGCGGCUCAAAUCAGCAUCAUAUUUCGUCGACGCGUCCGAGAUUCCAUACAGCGCUGGAGACAGCAAGCAUCAUAAUAGGAGCGUAUACUUGCCCAAUGUCCAGAUGGACGACAAACUCAACGAACAAGCAGGCAAUGUCGUCAUGGCGGCAUGGGACAAGGUAUUGAGCAGCAAGCGGCGCAGUAGCUGGGACAUUGAUGCUUCCGUCAACUCGACUGGCAACAGCAGCAUCAAGAGGGAGUCUCUCGUCGUGCUGGACUUGAAAAAGAUGGAUGGGAGCUUGCUCAAGAGUGAAAUAAAGGUUUCACGUCCUUCGGGUGAUGCGGUGAUUGCCAUUGUUCGAGAUGUGACCGAACGCUACCUCAGAUUCGAUGCCGAACGAAAGGUCCACACUGAAGCACUGGCACGACAACGGGAUGCUCAGGCGGUAAACAAUUUCACCAGGCACGAGGUCAAAAAUGGUCUCUUGGCAGGCAUCGAACUCUGUACGGAUGUGUCCAAGCGAGUCGACUUGCUCAAGAGAAGUGCCACUGUCCCCGUCGAACGGAUUGACGAAUAUGAUACCUCCAAAUGUCUUGGCGAGCUCGAUUCUUGUCUCCAUGAAAUCUUAGAAACUGUUUUGGCAGAGGCCAUGGCACGAGAAGUGGUUCACGAAUCCUACCAGCCGAAACUGGACAGAGUUGACAUUUUCGAUGCUCUUUCCCAGCAGAGUUCUGGCAUGAUUGACGAGGCCGGUCGAAGAGAUCGGUUUCCAUUGCAUGUUUGCCCUGCCAACAUGCCAUUUUUGUCAAUGGAUCCACAGCUUCUCAAUUACAUUCAUCGUAACGCGGUAUCCAAUGCCUGUAAAUACGGCAAAGAGGGCGGCAAGGUCGUUACUGAAGUGCAUUUCUUCGAGAAAAAGGGAGAGUUCGAAAUGGAUGUGAUCAAUGAGCCAGGUCCUUUCCAUGAGGAGCUGAUGAGGAUGGGUAAUAAGGCCUGCGAUGUUGUCUUUGCACAGGGGGCACGUCUCGAGUUGCACAGGAGAAGCGAUGACGAGGCAAUGAAGCAAAGAAGCUCGGGAGAUGGGGGUUGGAUCAGUCAAAAGUGCGCCAAGACGAUGGGAGGGGGAUGCACAAUUCGGUUUGACCCGCAUCAGACUGUCUUCUCCUUCCGUUGUAAGGUCGAGCCUUACAAGUUGCCAUGGAGAGCCAACGAGGAGUUCCAGGUUUCGCCUGGUACAUGGGGCUUGGCCCUAGAUGACAGUGCCAUCCAACGCAAGAUGAUGACUCGUAUCAUGAAGUUUGCAGGUGUGGAAGAGUCCAAGAUUGUCGUCAAGGGCAAGUCUGCAAGUGACAUCAAAGACUUGGACAAACUCAUGUUGAAUUUGCUCUCCCAUGACACUACCAGCAAAGUCCUGAUUCUAAUGGACGAGAACUUGGACUAUCGAUGUGAUGGUGUGUCGCAGCGUUUGAGUGGAUCCAAGUACUCGGAACGAGCUUUGAAGAAACUGACGCCAGAGCAGGCGUCACGGACACUUGUGUUGGUUCGGUCAGCGAAUGAUUCGGACGAGGACAUUGCCACGUACAACAAGCGUACCCAUGGAUUCUUCCCCAAGACUGCCAUGAACAAAGAGAAGGUUAGAGAGCGAUUGGCACCGGCCUGGUAUGAAAGAUUCUCAAAGGAGCGGCCACCUUACGAUGCCGCGACAGAUGAUUCCUCCGUUGCCUUUUCCGACAUUGGAGACGGUUGUGGAUUGACAGUGCAGUCUUCGGAUGGUUCGUCCACCGUUGCCGACCUGAUGAGAUCAAUCCGAAAGGCGGACGAGGUUGUUGGCCAGGAACUCAACAAAGACUGGGACGCAAUCUGGAGUGCAUUGCAUGGCUUGAAGGGCGACUUGAUGAUACUCGAUGACAACAAGGUGAUUGAGGAAUGCAUCGAAAGUAUCUCGGCACUGCGUGGUGUUGUCCAACCGCCGGGUUUUGAAGAUGCAUGGGCAAGGAUACGUGACCGGGUCGUCGAGGAGAUUGAGUGAACAUCCACUAUUGGACUGUACAUAUAUUUAACUCAUGCUGUUGGCUAUAAUAAAUAUGCAUGAACUUCAACCUUUUGUAAGUGGCCUUGCUACUUGUUUAAGAUAGGAGAUUACUUGUUACGGAAAC